AGCAGCUGUUUACUCAGAAGUGGGAUGGCUAAAGUCGAGUUAACGCCGCUUAGAUCGUGGGAUGAUUUCUUCCCUGGAUCUGAACGAUUUUCCAAACCUGACUUCCACGAUUUACCGAGAUGGAACAACAGAGUGGUCAGCAACCUGCUCUACUACCAGACUAAUUACCUGACUGUGGCUGUGGUUGUGUUUCUGAUAGUUGGGUUUAUGAACCCCAUCGGCAUGCUCACUGGAGCAGCAGCAGUAGUCCUAGCAGUGUUCCUUGGUGCUGUGUGGGCUGGAGACAACAAAGCUGUAAUCAAGAACUUUAAGAAGGACAACCCUACUCUGUUUGUCUUUUUAGUGAUGUUCGCCAGCUAUCUUCUUGUGUCUCUUUUCGGCGGAGUCAUGGUCUUCUUGCUGGGGAUUAAACUCCCACUAAUCUUGAUCUUCGCUCAUGCUUCUCUGCGUCUGCGCAACAUGAAGAACAAGCUGGAGAAUAAGAUGGAGAGUGCAGGGCUGAAAAAGUCACCCAUGGGCAUUCUACUGGCAGCACUCGGCCAACAGGAAGAGAAUUUAAGCAAGAUUCAAAACUUCCUGGAGAGCAAACUCAAGGAGUGACAGUGAAGUUUUCUUGUCUUCAGUCUGCAUGAUCUAGAGCUGGGUGUACAGAUGAUUCACAUCUGCAAAAGAUGUGCGAAAGUAUACUUGCUUGCAGUGAGAUGUCCAUCAAGUGACAUGAUGAGGUCAUUUGCAAAUGUUGCAAAGCACAAUUUUUCUAUAAAAUAUCUAUAAAUAUAUUUUUCUCCCCAAUGGAAGAACCAAAGAUUGAGAAUUGUGAGCUGUAGGAUGGGAAUGUUGUAUGUAUGAUGUGAUGGUCACAUGAAAAUGACUCAUGAUGUCUUGCCAGAUGAGUAAACUGUCUUCUGAAUAUAACAUAACUUGAAGGUACACUUCUCAUACCUGGUGGGUUUAUGAGCUUUAUUUAAUCUAUGAUGAACCAAAGCCUGUUGGUAUUAUUUGGUUGUUUUCUAGGAGUUUCCUCUCUUUUGAAUGCGUCUCAUUUAACUUGAACUGGAAUGGACAGCAGUAUGUCCUGGUUCAAGAGGAAAUAGCACACAGACUCAUUUAGACUGUGGAAGUAUUUGCGUUCAACAUAACUCAAAAUAUUGUUUGUCAGCUGCUAAAUCAAAAUACAAAUGUUUUGUAUUAAUAAUGAACUAUUCAUUAACCUGUUGUUAAUGUCUAAAAAAAUUCAGUGUUACAUUUUGUCUGAAAGGGAUUAAUUACAACACUCCAUGAUGUUUUUGAAUGACAAAUAAAAAAAAA